AAUGCCGCAAAACUAAUCGCAAGAAUGGACAAUGGCCAAGGUUUAAUCGACCGCUUUCUAGUCGCUGUCCCUAGAGUUCUUUGUCCAACUUCAGUCGAAGUAGGAACUGCCCGAGACUACCUAUCUACCGAACCAGACGACAUGCUUAAACAAACAUUUCAGUACAUUAUUGACUGCCAACAAAGUCAAACCGGCCCUUAUACUUUCGACGAAGACGCGAAACAGUUGUUAAAAUCCCAGAAAGAUGAUUUUAUCGCAGAAGUGAACGAAGCUAUUCAAGACGGCUCAUUUGUCCCUCCAAAAUCCAAGCAACUCGACUUGAUUCCUCGACUCGCUGCUGCCCUUCACGUGUUCACGGUCGCCCUCAACAACGUGCUGUCUGGUCAUGUUGAAAACCCAAUGCCCACCACAAUUCCGCUCAACAUCUUACAAUAUGCUGUAAGAUACGUUCGCCACCUUGAAAUGCAGAAGCACAUGUUAUGCGAAUUCAUUAAGACAAUCACUCACAAUGUUUGUGAUGCUGCAAGACCUCAACCCACCGUGGCGGAUAUCAAAACGGCUAUUCUUCUUUUCCCUGGACCCGUUGUUACUUAUCGUGCCUUUCGUCAAUCUACCCCUCGUUUUCUCCGUGCAUCAACUAAGGAAGAAUAUAGUAAUGCCGUUGAGCAACUCAAGCCAAACUUUGGCUCCGUUAUCGCUGCCCGUGUCGCCAGAAGACCCCAGGUCAUUAAAGCAUUUGUCAAACGCCGACCAAACACCUUUGCCACCUGGCCCUGUUCUGAUCUUUGCAACGCAAACGAAUACGCCUCCAAGUUUGCUCUUCCUAUUCACAAGGCGAUCACAAGCAACAUUAAGGACAUCCUUCUCCGCCAAAAUGCUAUUUUGCAAGAACAGUUAUAA